AUGCGCGUUUGGUCGGCCUUCGGCUUUGCUGGCCUCUCGGUGGCUUCUGCGAUCUCGAGCAUUGCUGUCCCUGCUGCCACAACGACUGAAAUUGCUACUUCAUCGGCUACAUCAGCUGGAACGACUACUGCGUCAGCCUCAAGUUCAACUUCUUCCACCCCCACAACCAUUGUCACUGUUGCAACAGAUAGCAGUGGCCAAUUUACCGCAAUUGGCGAUGCUAUCACCUACGCCCAGAGCCACGGUAUCCCAACUGUGACUGUGCUCGCGGGUACUUAUACCCAGGCAGUGACUGUGUCUGCAACCCCGACCGUGACGGUUAUUGGUCAAAGCGAUGCCGCCGACGACUAUACCCAGAACAAGGUCACCAUCACUAACACCGGCACCGUUCUGACAAUCAACAACAAUGUCCAGCAAGUCAGCUUCAAGAAUGUCAACUUCCUCAACACUGCCUCUGGCUCCGGCGCCAUGGUGCUGAAGGGAAACAAGUACGCCUUUUACGACUGCCAGAUUGUCUCAACCGGAACACUGGGAGUAACUGCCAGUGUCGGUCUUGGAAUCAUCGCAAACUCUUACAUUGAGGCACUUGAUAAGAUCCUGUACGGUGGUGCCAACCUCUAUGUAUACAACACUAAGAUUGUCCCUGUGGACAGCUCCGCGCUGCUCGCUUACAUGAAGGGUACUACCCAAACCACCACUUCAACGCUGUAUAACUCCACCGUUGUGUUCGAUCACGUCACAGUGGCUGCAAAGUCGGGAUCGUCGAUCAGCAAUGUGGCUUUGGCUUCUGCUAACGGUGCUGGAGUCGUUGUCCUGGUCCGCAACUCUGUCCUCGGCAGUUUGAUUGCCGCUACUGGUGCUCACGUCGAUACCGUCAGUCAAGAUGGACAGAAUUUUUUCGCCGAGUACUCUAAUACCGGCUCGGGUGCCUAUGCCAACAAUGCUGUUACUCGUGCUCAGUAUGUGUCAGUUCUCGAUGCAUCGGCCUUGUCUCAAUACAGUGUCAGCGCCGUGUUUGCCGCUGCCCUCCCUGCCUAUGCUUCCGAUGAUACCACCUGGAUCAAUUCAUCCGUGCUAGCAGCCAUUCAAACGGCAGAUAAGGUCCAGACCUCGUCUACUGCUGCCUCAACAGUGGCAUCCUCGACAGGUUUGGCUGUUACGACUACGACUGCCGCCGCCACCCCGACAUCUACUUUCAUUGUCAAUCCAACAGCUGGCCCCUACAAGAAUGUGACUGCUGCUAUCGCUGCCCUACCCAGUGAUGGUCAAGAGUACACAAUCUACGUCAUGGCCGGUACAUAUAAUGAACAGAUCUCCAUUACUCGUACGGGAAAGACGAUCCUUCGCGGAGAGACAACAUUUGAGAACGAUUACACUCAAAACGCUGUCACUAUCUCAUACUCCAAUGGUGUGUUGACCAGCGCAAACAAGGAUGAGGAUACACCGGUUGUUAAUGCCAAAAACACUGACGGCAAGGGCCUGGCCAUCUACAACAUCAACUUCCAGAACACCUACCCUCAAACCGCGAACACUGCUGCUCUUGCUGCCGACUUCUAUGGCACCGUGCAGGCUUAUGGUUGCUCCUUCAUCGGAUACCAGGAUACACUUCUUGCGAAUAAGGGCACUCAAGUGUUUUCCAACUGUUAUGUUGAGGGUUCCAUUGACUUCAUUUGGGGUUUCUCCACGGCCUACUUCUACCAGUCGGUCAUCGCAUCCAAUACUCCCGGUUCCUGCAUUGCUGCAAUGAGCCGUUCUUCUUCCACUGCCACUGGAGGUUACGUCUUCGACAACUGUCUCGUCACCUACACAUCCAGCUACGGUAGUACUUACCAGAAUACUUGGCUUGGUAGACCUUAUUCGUCUUACAGUCGUGUUGUUUACAAGAAUUCAUACAUCGAUAAGCAUAUCAGCCCUACGGGAUGGCAUGUGUGGUCAACAAGCAGCCCCCAAACAGACUACGUGACGUUCGGCGAAUUCAACAACACCGGACCUGGAAGCUGGUCUAGCAGCCGUGCAUCAUUCGCCACCAACCUCACCGAGACCCAGGCAGAUGCCUAUACUUUGUCCAACUGGGUCGGAGGAACAUCUUGGCUCGACAUGGAUACUUAUGGCUACGCUCCGUCUUACGACUUGACCGGUGGUGCUAGCACUACAGCCACGGCAACCAGCUCUGCUACCUCCACUGCUACCGCUGUCUCAACUGCUUCCGCAGUGUGGGCUCACCCGUCCAAUGGCACUACUCCCCCGGCCGGUGCUGUUCUGGUUAGUGUCUCUGGAUCCGUGAAUGGAUCGUAUGCCAACCUUACCGAUGCUCUUGCAUCGCUCCCGGACGAUACCACUACUCAGAUUAUCUUCAUAUAUGCCGGAACAUACGAGGAGCAAGUCCCGACUAUCAACCGCAGUGGUCCUGUCAUGAUUGUCGGCUACACCACUGGAAACCCUGGUCAGAGCUAUGCAGACAAUCAAGUCACAAUUACUUUCGCGCAUGGACUUUCCGUCUCUCCUCUCCCUACUGGUCACUCUGAUGCCGAGACAGCAACUGUUGCCACUGCGUCUACCAAGAUCGCCUUCUACAAUAUCAACAUUAUCAACUCGGAUAACCUUGAUGGCCUGGAGUCUUCUUACGUCACCCUGGCUGCAUCCAUCUAUGGUAAUCAUGUAGCAUUCUAUGGUGUCUGGUUCCAGGGAUGGCAAGAUACUCUCCUGACUGGAAGUACAAACGGAUACCAAUACUACGAAUCGUCUUAUAUCGAGGGCGCAAUUGAUUUCAUUUGGGGAUACUCUAAGGCCUACUUCAAGGGGUGCACCAUUGGUGCUAAGAGGGCCAAGUCUGCGAUUACUGCACACAGCCGAGCCUCGUCUACCGCGAUCGGUGGUUACAUCUUCGACCAGACUUUGUUCACUGCUGCCGCUGACGCCACUGUUGAUCUCACGGGUUCUGUGUACAUUGGUCGUCCCUACUCCCAGUACGCUCUUGUCGUGGUUAAGAACUCAUACCUUACCGAUGUGAUCAACCCAUCUGGAUGGAAGGUGUGGUCAACCAGCGACCCUCGCACUUCUGGAGUUACUUUUGCUGAAUUUAACAACACCGGUCCGGGUAACUGGGAAAACAAUGAGGCAGCCCGUGAGGCAUUCGGAUAUGCUACUCUGCUGACAGAGGAUACCUACUCCCUGGCGAAUGUCAUGGACUCGACUGACUGGAUUGACAUGACCUACUGGGACUCCAUUGAUACGCCUACGGCCGUCUCUGGAACAGCCACCACAACAGCUACCCCAACUCCGACCGCCACGGCGAUUUACGAUGGAACCACCCCGCCCUCUGGUGCUUAUAUUGUGUCUAAGACCAGUCUCGGGACAAAUACGACUGUCUACGAUACCAUCCAAAGUGCUCUCGAUGCCAUUCCAACCUCGUCCAAGGUCACACCCACCAUCUUCAUCUACCCUGGUACAUACGAGGAGCAACUUGUUAUUGCCAAGUCUGGAUCUGUCAUCUUCAUGGGCUAUUCUGAGUCCACUUACGACUAUUCCAGCAACCAGGUCACCAUUCAAUACAACCAUGGUAUUGACACCGGUGCCGAUCAGUCCAACUCUGACGGUGCCACAGUCUAUGCCACUGGUAACUACUUUGAGGCCAUAAACAUUAAUUUUGUCAACAACAACGGCACCCAAAAAGACAUCGCCACCCUCGGGUUUGCCGUCAGGUCCAGCAAAUAUGCCAGUCUGUAUGGCUGCCAAGUCAAAGGAAACCAAGACGCUCUCUUGAUCAACGGUUACCUUUUCAUGAGCAAUGGAUAUGUUGAGGGUAACAUUGACAUGAUUUGGGGAAGUGGUUCUGGUUACUUCUUGAACACAACCAUCUCGCCCAACGAGGAUGGCAUCAAUCUCACAGCAGAUAAGAGAACCACAAGCACCACUGCUGGAGGUUUCGUAUUUGAUCAGUGUAAGAUCAUUCCUUCGACCGGCGCCGGCUCCAUGUCGGAGAUCUCGCUCGGAAGGCCCUGGAACCAGUAUGCCCGAGUUGCAUAUAUUGACUCCUACCUCGACUCCUGCGUGGAGGCUUCUGGAUGGGAACAAUGGUCCAAAUCGAGCCCUCAGACCUCCGGCGUCACCUUUGGUGAAUAUGGAAAUUACGGUCCGGGUUCUAGCACUUUGGCGCGUGCGACGUUUGCUUCUCAGCUUACUGAUGCUGAUGUCGCUCAAUUCCAGCUUACCAGUUUCUUCCUCAAUACAGCCUGGAUCGAUUUCACACACGUUGAUGGGACGCCGUUCGUCCCGGGAACCACUACCACUGUUUCAAGUGCUGUUUCCAGCGCUGUCGUGGCAAGUCCUACUGUUUCAACUGCUAUCUCUUCAGCCAUAGUUUCUAUCCCCCUUACAACUGUCACUGCCACUGUUGAUGUGACCACCACUUCAACCACAGGCGCCUUCAUCACAGUCACCCCUACUGAUAAGGUUUCGACAGUCAAGUCCACCACGGUCCUGACUCUCACACCGGAAGAUGUGACAAAGACUACCACCCUCAAGUCGACUACCACUAGUACUGAUGUCCUGACUGAACCAGCCACCACAUCCACCAAGACUUCGAUAGUGACUGUGAAUAUCGGCAGCACCAUUACGCCUGAUCCAAAGACCGUUACCAAGACCAGCAAAGCUACGACCACAGAUACAGUGACCGUAACUGGCAAGGACACCACGAAGACCGUGAAGAGCACCCUCACCUCGACGUCAAUUAUUACUGCCGUUGCUUCCACGGUCACCGACAAGGCGACAGUUACUGUCACUAGUGUCAAAACGACGAGUGCCAAGGCUGGGAAGACUACUUCGAUCGCAACAGUCACGGUUGGAUCUGAAGGAACCACGACCGUUAGCGCCAAAGCCACUACUGAGGUCGUUACUUCUACUUCUACAAAGACGGCCACCAAGAAGGUCACAACAACUCUUAGCUGUGACGCCCCCACCAAGAAGAUCAAGCGGGGCCUCGUACCUCGGGACAACGUUGCCACAGUCACUGACUAUGUCACGGAAGUCGACUAUGUUACUAAGAUUGUAACCAUGACGCUUCCUACCACCACGGACUACAUCACCGAUGUCACAACCAAGACAACCUCACUCAAGGCCGCGACAGUCACAAAUACCAUCACUUCCAUCGCCACUAAGCUGUCCACCAGCACCAUUCGGGCCGUCACCUCGAUCGUUACUGUCAUUGACACUACCUCCGUCGGCAAGACCACAACCCUGAAGGCUUCCACUAUCACCAACACGGUUACCUCAUUGGCCGAGAAGCACGCUACAGUUACUCUCCCAGGUCAAACGGUGACCACCGUGAGCCUGAAGACGGCAACUGUCAAGACCACCCUCCACGUGCCCGCCGCAACUACAACCGCCACUGUAACAACAACGGUGAAGAGCACCACCACUCUCCCUGGCUCCACUAGCACUGUCAUCAAGACAUCGACCGUCACUAACCAUCCCUCGGUUACUAUCACCCAUCGUGCUACGUCCACUUCUACCAAGGUCGUCAAGACUACUUCCACUAGCACUGUGACAGCCACAAAGACCGCUAAUUGUGAUUAA